AUGGAUAAUAUCAACUGGAAUUCAUUUAUAACAUUUUCUAAUAAUGAUUUGAAAGAUAUAAAUCUAUUAUUUAUCUUAUCUUAUUCUAAACCAUUUAACAAAAAUCUUGAUGAUAUAAAUCUUUCACUACCCUCUGGCUAUAAAAAAAAUAAUAGCCAAGUUAAUACAAGUCUUUUUUCAUCACUUUUUAAAUCUAACAAUAACUGUUCAUUUUCUGACAGUAAUUUUGUCAAUAGCAAUUUUGUCAAUAAAAAUUCUGUCAAUAGAGAUUCUUAUAAGAAUGAUAUUUUAGUGAAAUUAGACAAAGUUGUUAACAACUUGCCAGUUCUUACAGCCUUGAAACCAUUAACUAGAAAUAAAGUUAAAAAAGAUAGAUUUGGAAUAGUUUUUUCAACAACUAAAACUGCAAUUAACAUUGUAUUGGAGACAAAGAGUAAUGAUGAAUUAAUUCAAAUAUUGAAGAACUUCAUUUUAAUUAAACAAAAUAGCUGUAAUAAGAAUAAUAAUUCAGAAAGUGUUGAAAAUAAUCAAGGUAAUGAUGGUAUUAUUACCCUGCAACAAGAUUUAAUUGAGCAAACUAAUGAUCUGCAUCUUACUAAAAUUUGA